UUGCCCGCGGCGUCUGCCGGAGGCGUUGUGCGACAGCUGUAGUGCCGCUGUCUGGGCGCGUCUCCAGCGUGUCUCCAGCGACGCGCUCUGCUGCACCGCUGCACCACGCAGGACUCUUUGCAGCCAUCAACGCGCUGGAGUGGGUUGGCAACGGCUGGAGUGAACUGGAGCCUGGCUCAUUCCAGAGAAAGCCCAUGCUGCUCACAUAGCGUGCACAGUGUAACACAAAGCGCUGUCGUUGUCGUGUAGCGAUGGGGGUCGGCAGGGAGAUGGGGGGCUGCGGCCAGUGCAUCAAGUACAGCAUGUUCCUGGCCAACUUCUUCAUAUUCCUGGGCGGCGCCGUGGCGCUGGGCAUCGGCGUCUGGACCCUGCUGGACAAGGCCUUCGUCACGCAGCUCACGGGCACCACCAUGUUCCUGGGCGCCGUGUACAUCCUGAUCGGCACGGGCGGCCUCGUCACCCUCAUCGCCUUCAUGGGCUGCGUGGGCGCCGUGAAGGAGGUCAAGUGCAUGCUUCUCACGUACUUCCUCAUCGUGUUCAUCGUGUUCGUGACGAUGCUCGUCGGCGGCGUCCUGGGCUACGUGUUCCGGGAAGACGUGCGGAAGAACACCGAGUACAAGAUGCGCUCCACCCUGGUCGACUACCGCACCAAGGACUACAUCCGAGCCGCGUGGGACAAGACGCAGGAGACGCUCCAUUGCUGCGGUGUGGACGGGCCCUCUGACUGGAAGGCCCAAGUCCCCGAAAGCUGUUGCAAAAUGGGGCCGGCAGGGAAGCCGGGAGCACUCGAGUGUGAUAAGUACAAGGAGGGCUGCUUGCAUGAAGCUGUGAAGACUGCACGGGAUCACGCGGCCUUCAUCGGCACUGCAGGUGUAAUUGUUGCUUGUAUAAUGUUACUUGGAAUGAUAUUUUCGUGCAUCCUCUUUAAAAUGAUAUGAAGAUCAUCAAGUUCAGAGAGUUGGCUACUCAGCCAUACACUAUUUCAUGUGGACUGUCAUUCUAUUGCCUUUGUUUCAAGCAGAACGGACAAGAACAAGGGCAAUAGCAAAUGUAAUGGGAGAUAGUGAGCCCAGAGCUAAGGGAACUGUGGCCCUUAAAACUGACUGAAUCCAAAAGAAAUGUAAAUGUGUACUUUGCUUCAUGGAGUUAGGUGGUGAUGCGUCAUGCGUUGAUGACCGUGUGGCACAGUUUGAAGAAAAAUUAUUACUUUGACAGAACAUUUUUUCUCAUUUCAUCAAGUAUGCCUUGCUAGUUUUUUAGGAAUAUUUUCGGGAUCCUAAUAUUUCUGUCACCCGGUGCUCAAAGACAUUUUGUGUGUACAUGUUAAUUUUUGUCUAACAAUUUAAGCAUUAAAAAAUGUGUUUAAGUUAAUCUUAUUUCUAUGAGCUGAAGCAUCAGCCACUUUGUGCUAGGUAUUGUGUGUACUAGUCCUGUUAACUGAAAAGAAAAGUAGGCACCCCUUAAUCAUUCUGCCAGUUUGCAGAACAAGUAUUUUUCUUUAGAAAACAUGUUCCAAUGGGUUUUUUUUCCAUGCAUUUCAAUGUAUGAUAUCUUCUCCCAAGUGACGAUCAGUCAAUUAUCAUCAUACCUACUUUUUAAUCCAACUUUUCAUAUAAGAAAAGACAAAUCAAGUCAUGUCAAAACUUUCUCCAUUUUCUCAUAUUGACUGUUAUGUAGUCUGCUUUGACUAUUUAUGGUUCUUUCUUGUUUAUUUAUUUAUUUAACUAUUUAUUAAUGAUGAAUUUUUGCAAUGUUUUGAACAAAGUGUGUCAAUUAUUAAAAUAAAACUUUCAUUAGUAUACA